AUACCGUAUCUCAAAUGUCUGACCUGUUCGCCCUGACUCUCUGCAGGUCGACUCAACAUGGCGCUAGUGUCUGAGUUUCUGGGUCAACUGACGCUGUCCUAUGGAGGGGAGGCAGAGCCCAUAUAUCCCACUGUGGUGUCAGUACGGGACUUUGACCCGGCCAAAGAUGCUGCAAGGCUCGAGACGGCCAUCAAGACCAAAGGUGUGGAUGAACAGACCAUCAUCGAUAUCCUGACCAGGCGCAGCUACAUCCAGCGGAGAGAGAUCGCCUUUGAAUAUGAACGAAUCGCCAAGAAGGAUCUGAACGCAGCCCUGAAGGGGGCGCUGUCUGGCUCUCUGGAGGCUCUGAUGUUGGGUCUGAUGAAGAGCACCGCUCAGUACGACGCCACUGAGCUCAAAGCCUCCAUGAAGGGACUGGGAACAGACGAGGAGACCCUCAUUGAGAUCGUCUGCUCCAGGAGCAAAGACGAACUGGUGGAUAUCAAGAAAGUUUACAAAGAGACGUUUAAAAAGGAUUUGGACAAAGACGUGGCAGGAGACACAUCAGGAGACUUUGCCAAACUGCUGAUGGCUCUGGUGCAGACAAAGCGAGAUGAGCCCUCAAAUGUGGUCGACUAUGAGAAGAUUGACGAGGAUGCCAGAUCUCUGUAUGAAGCCGGGGUGAAGAGAAAGGGAACUGACGUGGCGACCUGGAUCUCCAUCAUGUCUCAGAGGAGCGUCCCCCACCUGCAGAAAGUGUUCCAGAGGUAUAAGAGCUACAGUCCUUACGACAUGAAAGAGAGCAUCAGGAAGGAGGUGAAGGGAGAUCUGGAGAAGUCCUUCCUCACGCUGGUGGAGUGCUUUGAAAACAAGCAGCUGUACUUUGCCAACAGACUCAGUGAAGCAAUGAAGGGUAAAGGAGCGAAGGACAAGGUGGUGACCAGGGUCCUCGUUUCUCGCUGUGAAAUCGACCUGAUGAAGAUCAGAUCAGAGUUCAAGAAGCAACACAAAAGAUCGCUGUACCAGACCAUAACUGAGCACACUAAAGGAGACUACCAGAACGCUCUGCUGAGCCUGUGCGGAGGAGAUGACUGAGGCCUCAAAUCUGGCUGGACUCAAGUUUCCCAGAAGCCCUGUUGGUUUUCAUCUGACUGCAGAUCUUCUAACAGUAUUAGAGCCUUUUUGUCUUUAAGUCAACAUGAAACCGAUGAUGUGAUCUCCAUCUCUCUGAGCAGCUUCCGUUUGUGAAAUAAAACCUUUUCACCUGUU